GGGAUUUUCUUCUAUAUGUGCACAAGUGUGAAUUCCAUGUUGGAAAAACAUUUCAUUAGUUGAGCAUUGCACUUGAACGGUGAAACACCACGGGCAAAGGAGAAAAUCCCUCCAAUAUAGUCGGAGUUUUCCAUCUCUUUUACGCUCCUGCCCAAACUAAAUCCAGAACUUUUGUGUAAAUAUUUCCCACCCACAAUAGAACACCAUAUAAUAAAGUGAAUUCCACGGGAAGGUGAAUCUAUCAGUUUCACUUUGACCAUCGAUGUGUGGUGCAAUAAAUUUUUCAAUCGAUCCUCCUUUGCGAAAUCACCCACAAUUGUGUAAUACAAUGAUCGUGAAAAGUCUCCUUGGGAUAUUUCUAGCAUUCUUGCUAAUAUCCGUGACAGAGCAGGCACCAACACGUCGCGAUGGACGUCCAAUUUUUAGUGAUCGUGUUGAGAAUUUCUUGAGGAGCUUAAACAACGAAGGAAUGACCGAUCGUGAGAAGAUCAAGUAUUUAGGGGAGAUUCUUAGUGCACUCAGCUACUACAAAUAUGACGAUCCCAAUUUCUUGGAGCACUGUGUGGGACAGAAGAUCGUUCAGGAUGGUUAUCGUGAUGUCCAGAGACAGCCGUAUGAUGAUGAUCAAGAGUAUGAUAAUCAAUAUGGACGAGUACGUACGGGAGAUCGCUCAAAAACCCGAUAUAAAGAUCAAUCUCGCGGACAAUCUUAUGGUCCAUCAUCUCAGCAAUACGACAGUGAUCAUGGUGAUGAUUAUAGCAAUGAACGCAGGCAGGAAUACGGUGGUGAUAGUAGGCAACAGCAGCACGGUGACAGGAAUCACGAUAGACAUCGUUUUAGGGGGCAUAAAUACCGCGGAACACCGUAUCCUUCUCAUGAACGUGGCGUUGAUGGUCACUCAAUGCGCGAUGACGAUCACCAUGAGGGCCACGAUGGAAGUUAUGAAGACAAUUUGGACCAGAGACAAUCUCACAGUGAUCGUCAACAGGAUAAUCAAUACGGUAGGCCAGAAGAGAGGAGAAUUCGCAAUAGAGAUCCCUCUGCAGCGGGAUACAAUAGGCAAGGAUCUCGUUCUCAAGAACGCGGUAUUGACGGUCAUGGAUCACGCAGUAGUGAAGUACGAGGUGAAGUACACAGCAAUGAUCAUGAAGAGAAUGAUGAUUACGAUGAAAAAGAUCACGAAUAUGAUAAUCACGAUCAAAUUGAGGAAUUACCUCAUGACGAAAAUUACGAUUAUUACGAUGAAGAUGAACAGGGAGAGGAUGAAGAUGGAGAUCAUUCAAAUCAGGAGCAAUCAAUUGAUGGGCAUGAUCCGCAUAGGACAGCAGGAGAGCGUCAUAGAGAUGAUGGGUAUAGUCAGAGAGGAUCGCAAAGUGAUCAAAAUAGCCAAUCUGGGGCAAGAGAUACAGAUGGAAGUCGAUCUCGUGAGGUAUCUGACAGAGAUAACAGGGGAUUCAAUCGCUAUGAUCCCUACAGUUCUUCCCGCGGACAUGACGACGAUCGCGAUUCACGUCGUGGCUAUGAUGGCAAUCAAGCAGGUGAUAGUGAUGGGUCUCAUCAUGACAGUUAUGAUCCCUAUGGAGCCACCUCGAGUGAUGCUCAUGACACGCACCAAACCUCAAGGGAGCAGGACGGCUACCAAGAUCACCACUAUGAGCAACGAGGUGGUGAGCAUGGAAUUCAAGGGGAACCCUAUGCCCCCUACGGUGAGGAGAGCCCCUACUUAACGGGUGAUGCAGUGGAGCACAGUGGAGACUACGACAAUUCCCAAUUCAAUUCACACCUUCUCGAAGAAUACCUAAAUCGCAUCUACAUGCACGAUGUCCCCGAAGAUUUAGCCCAAUACGCACGAUCGUACCUCGACUACGCCAAGGAUUCCGUGAGAUCUUCCGCAAGCCAAGUAAAGAAUUUCGAAAAUAUUCGUCCCUGCUUGGAGCACCUCGUGCAAUACUUUAACAUUCUCACGGAUAAUUUGGCCAGUGAGUACAAGAGAUGCUCCACAAAGUGCUACUACGACCGUCUAACUAACUUCACGAAUUCCGUGUCUCAGUACACGCGAACUACAACUGAGUGCAUCUACAAUAGACGAAACUAAAAAGCACAACACGCUAUUGAUUGCACUCACCUUUCUCACCAACUUGCUUCAAACUUUCCACCUUGGCUUGUAUUUUUGUCUGAACAUUCUCCGCACCUUCCUUCAUCUUCUGCAGGAUACCUACAUUGGAGCACAAUUAGAAAUUACUCCCUUAAGUGAAGGAUCAUUGAAAAUAAUUUAGUUUCCAAUGUGAUAGAAAAAAAAGCAAAAUGAAAAUGUUUUGAAGCGAAAUAAAAAUGAAGAUAAAAAUCAAUAAAAAAA